CCUCCGCGGCCUCCCGGUUCAGGCCCUUUCGGGUCACCGGAAAGGCUAUAGGAAGAACUGGCGCUGCAAGCGCAGCCUUUGAGAACUUCUGGGCACCCGCCUAGGGGCCGGGUGACAGGAGCAUGGUCAAGAUCUGGGACGUCCAGUCGCGUUCCAGCCUGGGGGAGACUGGGCGCGCAGCCCACACUGUCCGAACCUGCGGCCCAGGGUCCGGUUGCGCAUGCUCAGAACUCAGGCCGCGCAUGGUGCCGGGGUCUGCGCCUGCCGAGGCGCGCGGGCUCGCGGGCGCAAGGCCCUCGUCUGCGCAUGCCCGGCCUGUGGCGCGCCUGCCGAGGCGGUUGUGGGGCUGUGGUGGCCGCGCCGCGCCGAGCGAGAUGCUGGGGUUGAUGCUGGUGGCGGCGGCGGCCGUGGAGCUCUGGGCGCCGGUCGGAGCUAGUCAGCUGUGCCGGCUUCGCAGGGUGAGGACGGGAAAAGUGUUUAACAUCAUUCACCAAGCCGAUGGGGAUGUCCUGUAUUUUCAGUCUGGGAUAAACCUGAUUAAACAUCCUUGUGAUAAUAACAUAGCACUGUAUCUAGGAAGACAACUUUUUCUCACAAGAGACAACUUUGAGAGUAGCCUCCUUCCACUUACCAUCCCUGCGUCUAUGACGGUUGGCGUUCCAGAAGUCACCUCGGCACAUUUUGCCAGCAUGAUCCUGCUCUUGGUGGUGAACGGAAAAGUCUAUAUGCACGACUACAGCGUGGACGCCUGGUUCCGGGCGAUAGGUAUAAAGCAUCCCGUUUCCCACAUUUCUGGGGAUAAUUGUUGCUCUUUUGGAAACGCCCUUUGCGUGGAGAUAAACAACUCCAUUUUUGCAUAUUCGCUCGGAGAACAGGUGCAACAGACCACCAUUUAUUUCUCCAGUAACGGAGGACUGAGUUUUAAGGAGUUCAUCUAUGAAAACCAGGCUGGCUUGACCGGAUCCCUGGGGGGAAUCUUCCGUUUUCACUCCUUGUCGCAGGUCGGGCUGCUGCUGGUCAACAGGAGGAAGGGGAUGUUCCUCUACUCCGAGCACCCCCUCAACCGGAACCUGGGGCUGGCCUUCGACUACAACGCCACCCUGCACGUCCUCCUUCCCCCUGGCCUGAGGGGCUUUCUGAUCCUCUGGCAUGAGAAGACCCUCCUGGUCUCCCCCAACUCAGGCCAGCUCAUCAAAACCGUCCAGGUGCAGCAAGGCCCCAAGGUCCUGUACGAGUCCUUCUCCGAAGUCGACGUCUCCAUCCACAGCAUCACUGCUAAUAACCAUGAGCUGGCCCUGCUGACCAAGGAGGACACGCUGUACUACGGCAGCCUGGAGUUCCUGUCCAGCUCCAUCAUCAAGCUGGCGGGGCAGAACCUCUGGUCUCCGGAGGCUGCACUGAUGUUCUCCGGCGCGGGGAUGCUGGACAUCCUGAAGCCGCUCCCGGACUCCGCCUUCCCGGCCUUCGACUUCCAGAAGUGCCUCCUCAAUGUCCAGGCCACUCUCAUGGACCCCAGCCUCGAAGUGGCCAAGUGCAAAAUAGAACUUCUGGAGAGCAGCUCAGAAGGACACAUGUACACCAUUGACAUGAACAGCAGGCUGAACCUGUCCGUCAAGCUCAUACCCCGCCUGGGCACCUCCCCGAUUCCACUGGUGAUGGUGAGCAACCCCUACUCCCUGGGGCUACAGGCCUCCAUCUACGAGGCCCACAACACCUACGACGGGAACAUGGUGUACAAACUGGACAUCCACCUCCAGCAGCAGCACCACUGGGGAAGGGCCGACCCCAACUUCACCUCCAGCAUAAAGCGACCCACCAUCUCUACCUUGACUGUGGACAUAGCCAACAAGGAAAUUUCGUGUGUGGAUAUGAAGCCCCUGUCGAUGCUCAUUUCAGUGGGUUGUGAUCUAGAAAAGAAGAUCAUUGUGCAGAACAAAAUCUCAGCCUGCUCCAAGGGCAUCCUCGACCCCGUGACGCUCCAGGAGAACUACAGCUACGUCAUCGAGAAGGAGUCCUAUGACGCCAACUUCCAGGGGCAGAAGUCCGAGGAGGACCUGGUGGUGCCGUACCCCUACAAAGAGCUGGGCUGCCCGCGCCUCGUCUACCACGACACCCCCUGGAAGCCCGUGAUUGAGCUGUGGCGGAGGGCAGCCUUCCAGGAGCUGGUGGCCGCGGAGUUCGUCCUGCGCGAGGUGCACGGGCUCUUCACCUACUCCUACUCCAAGACGGCGAGCUCGGCCGGCUGCCUCCGCCAGCCGCAGAACUGGACCAGCGUGCUGCAGGCGGCGCCCUCGCCCCGCAAGCCCUUCUCCUGGAACAGAGAGAACUACCUGAGCUGUCACGACAGCAGCAACCUCUCUGCCUUGGACUGGCCGGACGCCCAGUACCAGAUCCUGGGAGGCCUGACAGACAACGAGAUCAUCUUCGACCAGAGGAACGGCUUCUACAUCUUCCAGCUCUCCAUCGUCGACCCUUACUACAGCUACUGCCAGCUGGACACCACCUUCAGCAUCUACGUGUACGGCGCCUACCCGCGCAGAGCCGUCCCUGCCGAGGUCACCAUCAUCCUGCUGGUGAGCAGCAUCCUGCUGGCCGUGUGGCUGGCCUACCUCAUCCCCAGCCAGCGGCACGCCUGGGAUGGCUGCAGGCUCUGCCCGUCUCUGGCCGACCUGUGCAGCAGAUGCAGGCGCUGCUGCGGCUGUUUGGCGGCCAAGCGCUGAGGGCCUGGGCGGGCCGGGCACCGAGGCCCCACGGCCUGGCAUGGCCUUGGAAUAAAGUGUUAGCAAACCGAGCAGGAAGCAGGGUGCCGUGCGCUGCGGGGCAGGAGCCCAGGCCAGGCUUUCCCCUGGAGAC